AUGGAUUCUCCCGUCGUGACGCAUAUUUUCAGGCAGCUGUUCCGGCAUCCAGCCUGUCAGUCCACGCGAUCGACAUCGCUCCGGAGACUCAAUGCCACGGCGCAUGAUCGCUCGCUAUUGCAGCAACACCAACAACGGCGAUCGUUUCUGACCAAGAAAGGAAGCUAUUUGAAGAGCACCAGUACCAAUGACGGCACAAUGUGGACGAAGCGGGGAGAUUAUCCUCGAGAUAUCGACCAGCAACUGCGAACGUUUCCCCUGGUGACGGCGAAGGAUUUGCGCAAUCGUCGCGAACGACCGACACGGGUGAAAAUGCUGACAAGAGAGUUCAUCGAGGACAGUUUAUACAACCCCCAUUAUGGAUACUUUUCCAAGCACGCGACCAUCUUCCAUCCCGGCGAGCCAUUCGAUUUCAAUCGCAUCGAAGACGGGCCUAGCUUCCACCAGCUGCUAGGAGAUCGAUACACCGAAUUCGAAGACAAGCUCGACGAGACUAACCCCGAUAUUGCGCGGCAAUUGUGGCAUACCCCGACGGAGUUGUUUCGCCCCUACUACGGCGAAGCCAUUGCCCGGUAUCUCGUCACGAAUUAUAAACUGACUCUCUACCCGUACCACGACCUGACUAUUUACGAAAUGGGAGCAGGGAAUGGUACCCUGAUGUUGAAUAUUCUCGACUUCAUCCGUGACACCGACCCGGAGGUAUACCAGCGAACCAAAUUCAGAAUCAUCGAAAUUUCCUCAUCGCUGGCGAAUCUGCAGCUGAAGAACCUGCAAGACUCGCUCAACAAAGGCGGCCAUACAGGGCACGUCGAGAUUGUGAACAAAUCCAUCUUUGACUGGAACGAAUAUGUCCACUCGCCAUGCUUUUUCCUCGCAUUAGAAGUUUUCGACAACUUUGCGCACGAUGCGAUUCGGUAUGACUAUGAGACGGAAAUGCCACAGCAGGGAGGAGUCGUUAUCGACACCGAUGGCGAAUUUUUCGAGUACUUCAAUACAACCCUCGACCCUCUCGCAGCACGCUUCCUUCGGACUCGACAGAGUGCUGCUCGUCGGCCGUUUCCGAUGCCAUUGCCAUCGAAGCUGAACCGCAGCGUUCGUAGUUCGCUGCCGUUUGGAAGACGCGACUUCACAGAGCCAGAAUAUAUCCCCACUCGGCUGCUGCAAUUCUUCGACAUCUUGCGCGACUACUUCCCCGCCCAUCGCCUGCUGACCAGCGACUUUAGCAGUCUACCUGAUGCAGUCCCGGGAUUCAACGCGCCUGUCGUGCAGACACGGUAUCAGCGCCGUACUGUGCCCGUGUCGACUCCAUUUGUACACCAAGGCUACUUCGAUAUCUUCUUCCCCACUGACUUUGACGUGAUUGAAGAUGUCUACCGGGCCGUCACCGGCAAAUUAACAUUUGUGUCAAGCCAUCAAGACUUUAUGGAACGAUGGGCUUAUAUCGAGGACACGGAGACUCAGAGCGGCGAAAAUCCGUUGCUGACUUGGUACAAGAACGCAAAGGUUCUGGCCACCGUUUGA